AAAUCUUUGCGCCUGUGAGUUCCCGAUUGUAUUGGACUGGCAAACAAAAUGGCUCUUCGAAACCUUUGUAAACUUCAAGUAAACUGUAAUUACUUGUCGCCUUUGCGUAUUUCGACGCAGACACGGACCCAUGUCAGCUCGAUCAACCGUUCCCUUUUCGCACCGCAAAGUUGUAACUUUGGUAGUUCGUCUCGACUUUCAUGUCUUGGAGUAGCCCAGCAGAUGGGUGAAAGUUCUGAGCAAGCCAACUUGAAACCAAAAACAGGAAUAAUGCUUCUGAAUAUGGGUGGCCCAGAGACAACAAAUGAGGUUCAUGAUUUUCUCUUGCGACUUUUUUCUGAUCGUGACCUUAUGGUUUUACCUGCUCAAAGUAAGAUGGCUCAAUGGAUUGCUAGGAGAAGAACCCCUAAAAUCCAGGAACAGUAUCAAAAGAUCGGUGGUGGCUCUCCUAUCAAAAUGUGGACAGAAAAGCAAGGAGAGGGAAUGAUAAAACUGCUUGAUGACAUGUGCCCUGAUUCAGCUCCUCACAAGUUUUACAUUGGAUUCCGUUAUGUGAAACCUUUAACCGAGGACACUUUGGAUCAGAUGGAAAGUGAUGGAAUAGAAAGAGCUGUGGCAUUCACUCAGUAUCCUCAGUACUCCUGUUCUACCACUGGAAGCAGUUUAAAUGCAAUCUACAGACAUUACAAGCAAAAGGGAGAAAAGCCUGGAAUCAAAUGGAGUGUCAUAGACAGAUGGCCUACUCAUCCAGGGCUUGUUCAGGCCUUUGCAGAAAAUGUCCGAGCUGAGUUAGCAAAGUUUCCUGCUGAUGUUCAGAAUGAAGUGGUUAUUCUGUUUUCUGCACACUCUCUUCCAAUGAAGGUUGUGGAUAGAGGUGACCCAUAUCCUCAAGAAGUUGCUGCUACAGUACAGAGGGUGAUGGAAUCAUUGAACUACUCCCAUCCAUACAGACUUGUUUGGCAGUCAAAGGUAGGUCCCAUGCCAUGGUUGGGUCCUCAGACAGAAGAUUCCAUUAAGGGCCUCGCAAAGAAAGGGAAAAAGAACAUCCUUCUGGUUCCCAUCGCUUUCACCUCUGACCAUAUUGAGACACUUCAUGAGCUGGAUAUAGAGUAUGCAGAGGAGGUGGCACACGAGGUUGGUAUCGAGAAUAUCCGAAGAGCAGCUUCACUGAAUGAUAGUCCAACUUUUAUCAAGGCGAUGGCUGAUGUCGUAAAAGCUCAUUUGGAUUCAGGAGUCAAUUGUUCUCGCCAGCUUCCUCUUCGUUGCCCGAUGUGUGUGAAUCCUACCUGUGGCUUAGCCAAAGAAUUUUUCCUCAACCGCACGUUGUAAACUGCGCUCAAAGAUAAAGGAAAGGGCUAUAAAAUUGCUUAAACAACGCAAAUGUUACGUUGAUUCCAACUAGACUCUCGAUCUGAACUUGAAGCCUAAGGUUAAUUCGAAAUAUCUUCAUCCAGUUUCAACAAUGCAUGGAUCCCUUUCACUUAGGGAAGCUAGCUCCGGUUUUAAGUUUUAUAUCUGGCCUUUAUUUGAGGGCCCAGUUUUUCACAGGCUGAUAACAUAUCCAGCGGAUAAACCGCUAUCCAGCGGAUAAAUCGCUAUCCAGUGGAUAAAUCGCUAUCCAGCGGAUAAAUCGCUAUCCAACGGAUUUAGCUAAACGAACUUCGCUAUCCACUGCAUAGUCAUAGAGAUUUAUCCGAUGGAUAGCGUUUUGUACCCUUCAAACAGCCGGAUUUGAUUCCCAAUAAUUUUUGUUGAAACCGUUUGUAACCCCCAGUAUCCUCAACCCUGUUUGUGGUGUUAGUAAUUAAGGGAAAUCCUGGUCAAAUUUCGUCACAAGUUUUCGUUGGCUUAAAUCCUGAUGCUUGUACGCGAAGGAAUUUUGAGGAAAACCAAUACAAAUUAGAAGUGUGCUGAUUACGAAACUUGUCAUUUCACAAUCUUCUCUUCACGGUAUGUGAUUAGGUAGCCUUUUUUCAUGAAUCAAUUUGAAGAACAAAUGAAUACCAUGAAUACCAAGUGCAGCUGUAGAUUAGCUAUUGGAUUGUUUACUCCGUUGAUAUGUUUUGUUUGACAAGUGAAAGCAUUAUUCUGUCGUUUGUGCUGUUUCAGAUUUUAUUGCCUAGGUCCUUUAUCUUUGAGUUGCCGCCGGGGCGGCUGCCUUUUAUGCCAGGCUCAAAACCAAGAAAUUUAGACAUCAGAAUAGGAGAAUUAUUUUAGAAACAAGAAAUAAUAUGCUCGAAAUAAAAGGCAUAUGAAACGAA